AUGUAUUCGUUUCUUCCCCUAGGUCAACGUGUACUGGAUGAGGUGGAAAAGAUCAUCGAUCGAAAUUUGGAAACAAUUGGAGCUCAGAAGAUGCAAAUGCCAAUCGUUCAGAACCUAAAUCGCUGGAUGAAGUCGGGUCGUCGUGAUCAAAUCGGCAAAGAAUUGUACACGUUGAAAGAUCGCAAGGGCCAAGAAUUGUGCCUGAGUCCCACAAAUGAGGAAGUAAUCACCGAGUUAGUAAAGGACCUUGUUGCAACUCCUUCGAACUAUCCGCUGAUGCUCUAUCAAACCUCUCCCAAGUUCCGGGAUGAAAUGCGUCUAAAAGCGGGCGUGUUGCGUAGCAAAGAGUUUUUAAUGAUGGAUUUGUACUCCUUUGACACAAAUUUGAAGAAAGCGAACGAAACGUUUGAUCAGGUCGAUACUUGCUUUUCAAAUAUUUUCCGUGAACUAGAAAUCCCGGUAGAAGCACUUGAAGCAGAUAAUGGAAUUAUGGGAGGAUCGCGUUCCAAAGAGUAUCAAUGUUGUUGUGGUGUCGGAGAAGAUCGUGUUACACGGUGCUCGAAGUGUGGAUAUAAGUCUUUAUACACAUCCUCCACCUCUAUUCCCACGGUUAUCGAUUAUUUCUUUUCAGAAACGUUUAAUCAGCUCCUUUUCCAGCAAUCCCUCGAACUCGGACACUCCUUCGUUCUCGGCGAUCGCUACUCCACUCUCUUCAAUCUCCAGAACCGCGGUUCUCCCCUCCAAAUGGGCUGCUACGGUCUGGGCGUGAGUCGCAUCGUGGGCUCUCUCUUCGAACUCUUCGGCCAUUCGUCCGGAAUACUAUUCCCCGACCCAAUCACCACGUUCGACGUCGUCGUUCUCAACACCGGUACCCCAAUUGAUCGGGUUUUUGAAUCAGAGAAAACCGAAGCGGCGCGCGCGAAAACCGCGGAACUUUUGGACGCUCUGGGGGAUGCGCUGCGGAUCUGCUUCGACGAUCGGGAUGAGCUUUCCGCGGGGAAUCGGCUGAUGGAUGCGGAGUUGAUGGGGGCGCGUGUGGCGGUAAUCGCGGGGAAAGAGUUCGCGAUGGGGGGCAAUUUGGAAGUGCGGUUAUUGCACCGAAAUGUGAUCCGGGAUGUGUGGAGAAACGAGGAAAUGGGGAAACGUGGUGGAAACGUGGAAACGAAGAAGAAAGAGGAGAUUAGUGAUGUGUUGCGCGAGAAGAUUCUGGGGUUCGAUCGAAGCCGAUUGGAAGAAUUGGGAUUUGAUUUGGUGAAGGAAGGAGGGGAUAUGAAGAGCGAUGGGUACACGAUUAGCAGUGGAUUUGGAGAGUUGUAUUGGAAUUUGGUGCAGACGCUGUCGUGUGUGAAGUCGUAUCAGAAUUCGAUUUAUUGA